AUGCGUGUCAUCCCUUAUCGCCCUUCUCCUACAAAAGAAAUGAAUUUAGAUCCACCAAAUGAACUAUUUCCUUCUCCUCAAUCACCUGAAGUAGUAUCUCCUCUAUCACCUGAAAUAGUGGAACAGCAGAUGCUUGAUGGAACUCAGCCAAUCGACAAAACAGCUCUCUCAACCAUCCCUUCGUUACGGCCGUUUUCCUUCAGUGUACAAAGCACACAACCUGACGAGUCGAGUCGUUAUAUGUUCACCCCUUCCUUUGGUCUGACGUUAGAAGACUUGGAUGUUAUCAAAACUCACCUGGUGGCUAACGGAAAUUUUGGCGAAGAGCAAGAGGAGUCCUUAAAGUGGUUGAAAAACAAUAUCACUAUUCUCCCAUGCCUUUUCCCUCAAAGUGGAAAUAAUCUUGAAAAUCUAGUUGGCAAAGAAUACGUAUACGUUAAAGAUGCUCUUCUGGCUUUAGAUUUGCUUUCACAAUAUGGUGUUAUAACAGCUGAAGAGUUCUUGUCGUCAGAAGAUGCACAACUUCUGGUUAGGUCACAUCAUCAUGAUCGGCUCACAUUCCAUUCGUUAGCAAAUGUUGUUCGCAAUAUCCUUAAGGAGAGACCGGAAUCAAAAACUAUUUUAUAUUUGUCAUAA